CUGUCAGAGUUCUGGUCUCGGGGACCAGGCUGCUUUCGGGCAGUAGGGGGGCAGCGCGUCUGCCCCUGUUCAACCUUGUAAGGAUGAUUCCUAAAAAAAAAAAAAGGCUGCGGCCAUGGCCAACUUGGCGGUGCGGGAGGAGCGGGCAGCUGCCGCAGCGGCCAGCCACAAUGCCCGCGCUGCACUGAUGGAGGAGCAUGGGGAGCGGGGCACUCGCUGGUUCCAUCGGCAGGCUGACGAGCCAGCAGCCGGCGCACAGGAGCCCAUCACGCACUUGAAGGUGCCGGGGCAACCGGCGCCUGUGGCGCUCACGGGGCCGGGCACGCGCAACACUGUCUCCGCAGCCGCCGCAGCCAUGUACAGCAGCACCAGCCCCACCGGCCUGUUCCGCGUGCAGCCGGUCUGUACGGCGUCGCAGCAACAGCUUCUGGCGGCCAUUGACCGCAAGGUUCCGGCGGAUCUGCAGGCCGCCGCAGAGGGGUCCGGUGACGGCGCCCUCAGUGAUGCCGAGCUGAUGGCAGCGCUGGCUGGCUCCGCCAAUGGUAAAGCGCCUGGGUCGGACGGGGUCCCGUACGAGGUGUACAAGGUUUUCUGGGCGCUGCUGGGUCCGCGCUUGUGUGCUGCUGCUUUUUUUUUUGAGGAAUCAUCCUUACAAGGUUGAACAGGGGCAGACGCGCUGCCCCCCUGCUGCCUGAAAGCAGCCUGGUCCCCGAGACCAGAACCCUGAAAGGGCAAGAAGAGAAGAGAAGAGAAGAAAACAGAAAGC